AUGCAAUUGACGAGCCGAAGGAUUCGUAUGAUCGUGGAAGUUGAAAUUAAAGUUCAAUGUGUCCUUACUAGGAAUGUGGUACAACUCAAGGAACAUUUUCAAGUUGGAACCGACUUGAAACAUGAAAACAUUCCUUUCGACCCAAAUGACGUGUUCCGUGCGUACAGUGCAAGCGAAGGACAAGGUCAGACAUCAAACAAUGAUAAUCACAAAAUCAAGGUCAUCGUUGACCUUUCCGGGAAUACUUCAACUGAACCGAAGAAGUCUAUAGGAAGACCCUCACAUGAUUUCAAUAACUGGAAACUGCAUCAGUCAGCAUUCUACUCCUGGGGCCUCGAUGAUGACCUCCAUCGCUCAGCGAGUGCAUCCUGGAGUCAAAACAGAGGCAUUAAUCAAGAUAUUGGCAAGCGCUUGCGCCAUGCCCAACAUUCAAGAACCACACUCGAAGACCUUGCACAAGAACUUAAUAUAGACAUACUAGCCAUUAGUGAUGUUCCGGCCCGGCUUCAAGCCCCGGGCCAGCCAAAGCCAGGCCUGAAUAAGCCGAGCCAAGCCCAGGCCCAGGUCAUGGCCUGCCCAAGGCCUGGGCCUAGGCUUCAAUUUUGGAAAGCCUAA